AUGAGUUUCCCAUCUCCACCAGUAUUAAAAACAACUAUCAUUCAAUUGAAUAAGGAACUAGAUACCGAUUCCCACAAUAACAACUAUGAAAUAUUGACAAACAACUACAACAAUAGCAAUAACAGUAACAUUAACAGUAGCAGUAACAAUCUGUCGAACAAGAGUCCAAUUGGUGCAAGCGAUGAAUCCAUGCCAACAUCACCCAACUUGGAAGCUUUAGCUCCCAACAAGAAAAAGAGAAGAAGAUCAACAGCAAAUGUUGACUCUGAAGAAUUGGCUAAGCGUAAACAUGAAACUAAGCAGCUACAUUCCAUUAUUGAGAAAAGAAGAAGGGUCAAGAUAAAUCGUGAAUUUGAAGCUUUGAAAUAUUUGAUUCCGGCUUGUAGGAACUGCAAUAGUGGCUCCUCCUCCCCCAACCAAGAUACAAACUCAUCACCAAAAAAGUCACAAAACACUGGAGGCAGUGGCAACAAUGGUAACAAAAUUGAUGGCAUGUACAAGUUGACUAUCUUGAAAAGUUCAGUUGAAUAUAUCUUGUAUCUACAUCACAUAAUUCAGAAGCAGCAAGAGCUUAUAGUAACUGACUCAAGUUCAAACUCAGAAUCGGCAAAGGGGUUUGAUAUUGAUUUUGCCAAAGUACCACUUGAUGUCAACCAAUAUAGAAAUAUCGAUGUCGAAUUCAAUUUCAAAACUUUAUUGAAUGAGGUAGAAAACGUGGAGAAAGAACAAGAGUCACUCCACCAAGCUGAAGCAACUUCAAAUGAACCAAGACUGUCCAGAUCAAGUUGGACACCUAACCAUAAUGGAAUAAUUGAAGAAGAGGAAGAGGAAGAAAGGGAAAGAGAGGAAAGACCAGGGAACAGCAGGCAAAGUAGUGACGGUGACAUCAAUUGCAGCACCAGCAGUCGCGCUUCCAGCGUAGCUCCAUCACUUCCAUCAAUACCUUCUCAAAUGUCAAUAUCUUCCAUGCACAAAGCGCUGCUCCCAACCCCUGAUUUUACUCCCGAUAUGGCACCUAUUUUCACCAUGCUCAACAAAUAUUCUGACAACAAUAUGGACAGAAGGUAUAGAAAAGUGUCUUAUCCAAUCUCACCUCAAACUUUUGCCGUACGGUCAGCCAAUCCUUCUCCAUUCACUAAUCCGUUGAAAUCGACUUUGUCAAAUGCGACAUCACCUAGCUUGCGCAAUUAUAUCAACAGGAGCAACACCAAUGCCUGUGCAAAUGCCAAUGCUAAUUCCAAUGCUAAUGCUUUUGCUUUACCAGAUCCUGCAAUAACGCCGUCGAGUUCAAUGCCAAGGGACAAGUCAAAAGGUAGUGUAGGAAUUGGGAAAUCAGUUACUCAGGACAUACUGUCAAGAGAGAAAAAAGAUGAAGAUAUGGAAGAAGAGGAGGAGCAAGAGGAGAUUCAACUAAGUGAUCAAUGUGCUUCCAAAACCUUGUUGGCAUUGAGAAAGUCGAGUAUUGGAAACUUGCUAAACUAA